AUGGCUGCAGCGGGCAGUGGAUGGCUUCGACGGUGGAGGAGCAAGACGGGCGGCGGUGGCGGCUGGGGGGGUGGGAUGCGGCCCCUGAAAAAGGACUCAGCGGACGGGCGGCAGGAUGAAGAAGCCCUGGGCCUGUCAGGCUGCUCUCUCUGGCGGUCCGUCUGUCGAGAGCUGCUGUCGCUCUGGGUGGUGAUGGAUGCGAUGAAGUGGACGAGGACAGGCGAGGGAGAAGUUGAGGUUGCAAGUCCGCAAGUUGCGAAGUCAGCACAGGCAACUUCUUCCUCCCGCGUGCAGCAACAACAACAACACCAACAACGUCAACAACGUCAACGUCAACGCCUGGCUACCACUCGCAACCACGCCGUCCUCUUGUGUUUACUUGGAUAG